AUGAAUACUUGCACAUUUAUUAUGAAUUCCGUUCAAGUUCCUUCUCCUAUGUUGAUAACGUCUUUUAAAACAGUUCCAUCGUUCAAAUGCUGCAGUAGGAGCUCAGAUGAGAAGGAAAGAGAUGAUGUGAAGGACACAGUAUCUGGAAUGGUGGACGAGCAAGUUCAAGAGCUCUUGAGCAGAAAAGAGAACAAGGUUUUGCUGGACGGUUUAGAGAAGGCGUCGCAGAGGGUUGAGAUGGCUAAGCGAGAACUUGCUUUGAUCGAAAAACAAGAAUUUGCUGUUAAGCAGUUGAAGGAUUACGUCAACCAGCUUGAAAGCAAAGUUUUGGAGUACUCUGUAACAGGGAUAACAUCCAUCACUGUGAAAAUGAAAGUUGAACCUUUAGCAUCCCUUCCAAAGCUGCAGUUUCUCAGUCUGCUAGACAACAAUAAUACAAAGAAAGCAAAUUACAGGCUUUAUGUUAUUAACAAGCUGAAAUCCCUCUGGGUUUUAGAUUUCAAGAAAGUGAAAAAUAAGACUCCUCUGUCGUUACUUGCUUGA